CCUGUCCCCCCGCCUGUCCCCCGCCUGUCCCCUGCCUGUCCCCUGCCUGUGUGCUGCCCCCGUCCCCCCUCCCUCUCCGGGCUGGGCAGCUGUGUCCCCCCCGGCGGUGGAAAAGCAAACAGGGGCAGGAAGUUCCUUCCUGCGGGAGGGUCGCAGGGCCCCUAAAGUGCCUCCGGCGGAACCGGGGGCCAUAAAGCACGGGGGAGCGGGGGGGCCGUGUUUGCUCUCCUGGCUCCUUCCGUGUGCCCGGGGGGGGCACAGCCGGGGGUGGCACUUCAGGUGGUGACAGAACCAUCCUGUGACCUUUGGAAAAUGGCUGUUUACUGUCCCUGGGGGCAAUGGUGCAGAAGAUGCUCAGCUCCCUGUGCCCCCCCGGGGCUGCUUUGUGGCGGGGGGGGGGCCUGGACCCUGAUCCUUCCCCUCCCGGCUUGGGGACAUCUGUGAUGAUGUGGUGACAUUGCCGCUGUCUUGGGCUUGGUCCCCGUCUGUAGGUGGCACCGCAGGGUCGGUGUCCCCUGUGCCCCCCCCGGGCCCCAUCGGGGGCUCCUCUGUGGGGGGGUUCACCCCACCGAUGGGUGCUGGAUCCCAGGGACGCGUGGAGGGGACGGGGGGGCCGCGGCGCCAUCGCUCCAAUUAGCGCGGCCAUUGACGAGCUGUGGGACGUGACAGGAGCCGGGAGGUGACCCGGGGCUCAGCGCUCGUGUCCCCGCACACCGCGGUGACACCGCGGCCACGCCACGGGGGUGAGUUCCCCUGGGGCUGUGGGCAGGCGCGGGUCGGGACCCCCGCGGUGGCGCCGCCGCGCGCCGGGACCCCCCUGCUGCUCGCCGGGGUGACAGCCGGGGCAGGAGCGGGGACUGUGUCCCCUGCAGCCGGGCCGGUGACACCCCGCAGGGUCCCCUGAGCCGUGUCUCUUCUGUCCCCUCUGUCCCUCUGGCUGGAUACGUGUCGGGUUCUGGGCUGGAGCUUCCUGGGGAUUUUGGGGACCCUCUUCUGCCACCUGUCCCCCCCCAGCACCCACGUGGUGGCUUUGGUGGCCCUUUCCUGGCAGGGACCGAGAGCCGCCGCUCGCAGCACGUCCCUGCCGGGCACCCCUGUGCCUCAGUUUCCCCAGGCUGGGUGAUGGCUCCUUAAUGCCAAAUCCAUAAUGAAUCGGUGUCCCCCCCGCACGGGGAUGGAAAGGGCGGCUCAUCCGUCCUGGAGCGCGGUGGCAGCGGGCGGUGACCGCGGUGGCAGUGGCGGGGCUGCAGUGACAGGGCUGCAGCAGCGGCUCCGCAACCUGCUCUGCCGUCCGGGGCAACCGAGGCAGCCAUGGCUGCGGCCCCCGCUCGGUGCUGUCCCCUGGGUGGCUCGUGCCACGGCCGUGUCCCCCGUGCUGUGUCAUGGCUGCGCCGCGUUUGUUUCCCUGUGUGCAGCCGAUGUCCCCGUGAGCCGCUGCCAUGUUCCAGGGCUGCGCCAUGUGCCAGGGCUGCGUGUCACAUCCGUGUCCGUGUGCCAGAUCUAUGUGUCAUGUCUGUGUCCGCGUGCCAUGUGCCACACGCCGUGUCUGUGUCCCGUGGCUCCGUGCCAUGUCCCUGUGCCACUGUGUCCCCAACACUCUGUGUGUGUCCUGUGCCCCUUGGUGCAGCCUGGGGGCUCUGCCAAGGGACAGUGACAAGCUGCGGGCACGUGUCCCCCGGGGCGGGUGGCGGGGGGGCUGCUGGGGUCCCGCGGUGCCCGUGGGUCGGCGUGGGGGAGGGAGGAGCCAGCAGCCCCCCCAGAGGCUUUAAAACCCCGUGCGGGUGGAGCAGCCACGGUGUCCCCAGCACUGUCACCCACUGCAGGCCCUGCCUGUCACCUCCCGCCUGCUCCACCGUGAGUGUGGGGACAGCCCGGGGACGGGGACCUGGGCGUCCCGUGGAGGGGAGGCUGGAACCCUGGGAGGGAGGUGGAGAUGUCCCCUUGGGACCUUGGGGGUCUCUGGAAGUCCCUGGGGCGAGAUGUCCCUUUGGGGACGGGGGUCUCCGGAAGGGAGGUGUCGUGGGGGGCCAUGGGGGGAACUGUCUCUUGGUGAGGAGGGUGAUGUCCCUGGGGAGCCGGGAGCGCCCUGGGGCUGUGGCAUCCCCAUGGGGACGGGGGCACCCGCGGGUGACGGUGACACGCCUGGGGCUGCCCCGUCCCCACGCAGAUGGUGCGGUCCCCGCGGCGCCCGCUGGCGGCCGCGUCCCUGUGCGCGCUGCUGUGCCUGGGCGCGCUGGCGGCCGCAUACCCCCCCAAACCCGAGAGCCCCGGGGACGACGCAUCUCCCGAGGAGGUGGCCAAGUACUUCUCAGCCCUUCGCCACUACAUCAACCUGGUGACGCGGCAGAGGUACGGCAAACGAGCCGGCGUCGGGGCGGCCACGUCGGGGCUGCUCCACGGGGCCACCAGCGACAGGUCACGGUACGCCGAUGACUCUGCGUGGUGACCGGCCCCCCCACCCCCGGCCCCCGAAUCCUCCCUGUCUCUCUGUGUCUCCCCAGGGGGCCGGGGGCUCUGCCACGGGGUGGCCCCCGCACCGGCGCCAGUGCGGGCCCCCCCUCGGGAGGGCCGGGGACCCCCAGAGCCCAGCCUGGGGGUGUCCCGCUGGGGGGGACCCCGACCCCUCCCCUCCCCGUCACUGUUGGUGGGUCCCGCGCGGUGCCCCCAUCCCUGGCCAGCGGCAAUAAAGACACGAUCGUGGGCACCCACCUGGGCUGUGUGUGGGAACGGGGGGGGAAGGG